AUGCCAGCCUCUAUAUCUACUGUCAUAUCUGAUCUUGCUUGCGAGAUCCUUCAAAAAGUCGCUCUCUGCCUCCCUCGGACAGCAGAUGUCUUCCACCUCUCAUUCGCUACUCGAUACCUGAGGGCCUCUCUCACUGACCCGGUCCUGUUCAAGCGACGCCUCUCGCUUGAAGGGUGGGAUGUAAAGUCGUGGGAGGAAGAGGAUGGGGAUCGUGGUGAGAUAGAAGCCACAGGCGAAGGCGAAAUACAGACACGCUCGGAUCGUUGGAUGCGUAUCGAUCAUAUACACUCGAGAGUACAAGAACUGUUCACGGAAGGCUCUUCCACCAGUGCAACAGCACCGCACGUUGCUCCUCCAGUUCUCGACGGCCAAGGACCACAUAAUGAUCUGAACCGCCUCAUUCGUAGUAUCGCUAGUGGACAACAUGAUGGCACAGCUGAACUUGGUCAGAAGAUACACUGGUUGGCCAAUGUUGCUCACCUGCUUCCUGCAGUGAUCAUGCAUCAUCGAGAACAUAAUCUUUCCCGAUUGACUAACCCGCUGUUCUCUCCUGCGUGGUUCACGAUCACCAAGGCCGUGAACCAGUUCGCUUUCGCAGACCAGACCGGGCCUCAGUGGCAAGAUGAGUCUAUAAUUCCGGCUGCACUGUUGGAGCAGUUGUCCUUUUGUGUGGCAUUGAUGUUCUUCGCCAGUCAUACCGACUCGUUGGCUUCCCUCUUCGACCAACCAUCCCGUCGGCCGUACAGUACUCCUCUCCAAUUUUACACCAUUGUAUUAAGCAAUGAGCGUCGACAUUCGCAGCGCCGCGGUCCCAGCGUCGAAUACUUCUCUCCAGCUUCUGGUCCAGGAGAUCAUCGUUCUCAGCUUCUGUCCCACGACGAUCCAAGCUCCAUUUUCAUCUCCAAGCGAUUCUCCGGUGCAUUCAUCAAACUUGCGUUCUUCCACGCUUACCUUGUACAGUUCAUCACGGCCCAAGGCGCAUCAUCUUCUCUGAACAUACUGCCUCCGAGCUUCGCCGAUACCGUCGCCCAAGGACCUCUGGUCGAUCCAACCACAUGGCUAGCAUGGUCUGACCAUCGCAAUGGCGCAUGUGCGUUAUCGCAGACAUCUGAGCGGCCCUGGCUCGACCUGGGCGACAGUUCGGAGAAUCGCAAAGGGUUCGGCAUAGGGCGCAUACUCUCUUGCUUAACGAAUGAAGACUCGGAGUGGGCAGGAUACUACAUUUACAACAACAUGGGAUUCGUACGCGCUGAUGCGCCCAUGCAUUUCACUUUGCGCGCCACAUCCACACCAUUGGCCCCCUCCGAGACUGACGUGCCUGAGUCUGAACCGACAUCCUCGCACAUACUGCACUUCGACGGCUCUGGCUCGGACGGCAUCGCCGCUUUCACUCUCGUGGGGAGUAUAAAUCUGAGGACUGGACUGAUGGAGGCUGUGAAGGAUUACGCGGGAUUGACGACGAGGUGGGAUUGGGCGGGCGUUGUCACGCCAUUUGGGAUGGUGGGGAAGUGGGGAAAUCCUCACUCGUGGGGAGGAUGGUGGUGGAUCUGGCCGAGGAAGUGGAGUGAGUGAGUGAGAGGGAGCUGACUGUGAAUCUGAUGGAAAUGAUGAUCGUGAAGGAGAGUGGGACGUUCGGCAGCAGUUGCGAUGAAGGGAAUGUAGCAGCCAAGUUCAAGCACGCGUCAUUAACUGACACAAAUAAUGUAGAACUGUU